AUGGAUCAACAGCUAAUUCAGGCAGCAUGGAACGGCGAUGUUGAUUAUCUUCUUAAAGAACUCGACCGAAGUCCAUCUACCCUUCAUGCCGUGGUGCUGGAAGCAACAGUGAUCAAACUGAGGCUUGAAUUUUCAAGAGAGCUUAACCAUGACGGUUUUAGCCCUUUGCACAUAGCGGCUGCUUGUGGGCAUGUUGAAAUUGUGAGGGAGCUUCUCAGAGUUGCCUUUGAUUUGUGUUUGAUCAAAGGAAAAGAAAACAGAAAGAUUCCUCUUCAUUUGGCUUUUAUCAAGUACAGAUUCUAUCGAGUGCACACGGCUCAAGUUAUUAGCAAGGAGAAGAUGGAGUUGAAUUCCAUAAACAAGUAUGGUUUGACACCACUUGAUAUCCUACUAAUGUUUCAAAGCGAAUCUGGUGAUCGAGAGAUUAUCGAGAUUCUCAACGAAACCGGAGCUCUAAAGGCCGACAAACUAAAAUCUCAGGUGGAUACAUGA